AUCGGAUUGCUGGUUUCAUCUACCUAUGUGGAAAGUCUAAACGUGUCUUUGUUAUCCAUAUGGACCACGAAGUUUAUCCGUGCCCACGCCCAUAAGUUUAUUUUGUCGAAUUUGAAAGCUAUAGCUACCGCACUCUGUGCGAUUGCCUGGACCUGAGUUGACCUCAUUAACGGUGAAGAUUGAAUUAGGGCUGCUCCAAAUUGCAACCAAAGUUCACUGAACUUUGAAACUGUGUAGCUCUCACACGAAAUAAGAAGUUUAUGCUGCUGGAAAGCACGAGCAAGAGGGAGACAUCUUUCCCCAACAACCGGCAAGUAUAGGUCAAUGCCGGCAAGCUCAAGCUGUACCAUGUGAACCUACCGCAGUUUCGUGUUCGUGUGUUUAGUUUAAUUUGGCGCGUGUAGGUUGAGGAGUAACGUCUAAAACAACAUUUUCGUAAAUUGUAAAAAGACGAAUAGUUGAGUUUUUUUCAGUAGCGAGAUUAAACUCAGAACAGAAUUCAGCAGAAAGGUAGCGGAUGUCCCAAAAACGUUCCUUUCAUAAUUAAUCUAAAUAUUUUCAUUUCUUCAUGAAACAGAAGCCGAGCGAAGUAUAGAUAUGUACAACACAAGCCACCGAAUUGCACCAGCCAUUGCUCGCACCGUACAUACGUACCAGCAGCGGAGAGAUGAAAACAAUGGAAAGCAAAUCCAUUAACGGAACAACAACAUUGUAAGGUCUCGAGAACAGUGCUUUGCAGCGGACGGCAAUGAAGGAAGCAAUGACACAAGACAACGAUACGGUCCGGAACGAAAUGAUGCAAAUCAGGUGAAUCGAUAAAAACAUCUUCUGCGCCACUCGAACGUCCAAUUCGAACACGUCCAACUCGAGAGACGAGAAAUGGGAAAGCUGACUGUUCUCACGUGCUGCGUAUCCGCCGAGUACGAGUGCGAUACAACAGAGUACCUCAGCAAGGACUUCCUAAUACGUGUCAAAACGGGCGACCUGCUGGGGGCCGGCACCGACGCCAACGUGUUCAUCCAGCUGUCGGACGCCGUCGGACGCGUCUCUCUGCCGGUCAAACUGUCGCGCCGGCUCAGGAACGUCAACGAGCGCGGCAGCAGCUGCGUGGUGCGCGUGCGUGACCCGUUCCUGGGCCGCGUCACGCGUGUCAACGUGUGGCGGGACGCUGCCGGCCUGGCCGACGCCUGGCUGGUCGACUGCAUCGAGGUGGCCUCGCAGGGCCACGUGACCAGCGUGUUCCCCGUGCACCGGUGGCUGCGCGCCGAGCGCGUCUACUCGUUCCUCGAGUUCGACUCGUGCGUGCCGCAGGACGACGUGCACGCGGGGGUGCGCCGGCGCGAGCUGGAGGAGAAACGCCACCGCUACACCUACUGCCAGCGCUUCGUCGAAGGCCCCGCGCAGGUAAAAGAACUUCCCGAAGACGAAAUGUUUUCAUUUUCAUAUAAGUUCGACUUUCUGCGGGAGAAGGCGCGUCUGCUGUUGAAAACUAAGUCUAUCGGCUCUUCCAACGACAGCUGGAGCUCGUUCGCCGACCUGGCCAAGGGCUACGAGAACAGUCUUGGCGAGCCAAACGCGAUGCAGUACUGGAGCUCGGACCGCUGGUUCGGCCUGCAGAGGCUACAAGGUGUCAAUCCCGUCAUGAUCCAGUUAUGCACCAGCAUCCCCGACAAACUGGGCGUAGAUGACGCGAUGCUCCGGCCGUUCCUGGAGGGCCUGAGUCUGGAGCAGGCGCUGACGUCCAAGAAGCUGUUCAUCGUGGACCUGGAGCUGCUGGACGGCGUGGGGGCCGUGGAGGGCACAGAGCUGUGCUCUCCCAUCGCACUCUUCUACCUGAACAAGAAGGACGAGCUGAUGCCGGUGGCCAUUCAGCUUUUCCAGGAGAAAUCACCCGAUAACCUGGUGUUUUUGCCGAGCGACCCGCCCAACGUGUGGGUGCUGGCCAAGAUGUACUACAACAACGCCGAGGCGCAGCAGCACCAGUCGUGCACCCACCUGGGCUUCACGCACCUGCUGAUGGAGGGCGUGGUGAUCUGCACCCACCGGCACCUGUCGCCCUCACACCCGCUGUUCCGGCUGCUGGCGCCGCACUUCCUCUACCUGAUCGCCAUCAACAGUCGUGGCCUCGAGAAGCUCAUCUCGCCCGGCGGCUGGGUCGACAAGGGCAUGACCGUCGGCGUCAACGGCAUGUUCGAGCUGAUACGGAGAGGCAUCAAGCGCUGGCGUCUGGACACGAUGGGCGUGGUGCCGGCGCAGAUAGCCGGCCGCGGUGUGGCCGACCACUCCGUGCUGCCCUACUACCCGUACCGGGACGACGCCACCGCCCUGUACGCCGCCAUCGAGCGCUACGUGCGCUCCGUGAUCGACGACGUGUACUCGGAGCCCGAGCGGCUGGCCGGCGACUGGGAGCUGCAGCACUGGCGCAAGGAGCUCACCCUGCCGCGCGACCAGGGCGGCGUCGGCCUGCUCGGAGUGCCCGGCGACGACGAGAAAGGUUUCACCUCCAAGGACGAGCUGGUGACCACCUUCACCUCCAUCAUCUCCACGUGCAGUCUGGGCCACGCGUCCGCCAACUUCGCUCAGUACGAGGAGUACGGCUUCGUGCCCAACUACCCGGGCAUCCUGUACGGCCGGGCGCCGCGCAGCAAGGACACCGAGCCCAGUGAGCGCGACCUGCUCAGCUACCUGCCGAGCCGGGUCACCACGCGUGACAUCAUGGUCAUCACCAAGCUGCUGAGCUACCGCGGCACCCAGAGCCUGGGCGACUUCGAGGUGCGCUACAUGUACGACCCGGUAGGCUCGCGGGCGGCGGAGACGAUGCGGGCCGAGCUGCGCAAGCUCAGUGAUCAGAUCUCGGCCAGGAACGCGACGGCGGAGUUUCCGUACAGCUGGCUGGAUCCGGCCUUCGUGCCCAACUCCAUCAGCGUGUAGCCUGAGUGGAUGGACAGACCAGUGGGUGGACCGGCGGACUGGCCGGUUGGUGGACUGAUGGACUGACCAGUGGACUGAUUGGUGGGCGGGACAGUGAGUGGCCCGGUGGACCGGCGGAUCUGGGAACAUUAGCGGCGUUCGACCACCAGGCUAGAAGUGCCCUCGCCGGAGAAGGGAGGGUCGGUGGUGUUCCGAGGCGGACCGACUGAGACUUUGGAUUAUAAGAGACCGACCGACAACCGUCAGUGAUACAAAGGCUUCACAGUUCGAACUCACAGUCCCACGGCGAACUCCUCAAAGUUGACUGGACGUAUUGCGUGUGUUGAUCGCGUUAAGUACGAUGUAAGUCACUGAUACGCAGGGUAGGGUGCUUUACAACUCGCCAAAGCUGGCGGCACUGUCAAGCUUGGAAGCUGUUUCAUUAUUCCAUUUGUCAACGUGCAGAUUUGCUUUUAGAGUGUCAUCUCACUGGUACCUACCUGUGCGGCGUGGUUUAUGUUAGUUGUAGGUAAACAGAUUCUAUAAGAGCGGCACGGGACACUGUGAUGGUGUCAAGGCACCCAUGUCAUUAUCUGUAACUCGAGGCACCUGUAGGUUUGCGGGCAUAUCUCUCUUGAGUAGUCAUGGAGCUUUCAAUAAAUAUAUAUCGUCCUGUCUGGGGCUUA